AUGACUAACCACGGCGAUUUCAAGAAAAUUGAAGCAGCAAGACCACCUUUUGGUGAUGCUCAGUACACAGUAACUAAAACAGUCGAUCCAAACUGGGUUCCUGGUAGUGGAGCAAAUUCUGACGAGUGGAAAUCUCAUAAAAAGAUUGAACUUGAUCCCUAUGAAGAAGGAAGACCAGCUGGAUAUAAUUAUAAAACUCUUAUCUCUACAAUCACUCCUAGACCCAUUGCCUUGGUUUCAUCUAUGAACAGCAAAGGUGAGUAUAACCUUGCACCAUUUUCGUACUUCUCUUUGGCUGCCCAUGAUCCUCCUACUUUCACCAUUAGUUGCUCCGAGAAGCCAGAUGGUUCAAAAGACACUCUAAGGGACAUAUUAGAAACAGGCGAAUUGACGAUCAAUAUCAUUUCCGAAUGGUUUAUAGAAGCUGCAAGCCACACUUCAAUCGAUGCUCCUUAUGGUGUCAGUGAAUGGGACUUGAGUGGGUUGACGAAAUCUCCAUCCUCCAAGGUAAAUCCACCAUUCGUUGCAGAGUCUGCUUUUUCAAUUGAAGCUAAAUUGGCCGGUAAACAUGUCGUCUAUAAGAAGAAUGAUCCAACCGCUGUAUCUAACACUAUUUUAAUUGUUGAGGGUAUUAAUUUCCAUAUCAGAGAAGAUGUGAUCAACGACGAGAGGAAUAUUGUAGAUACCUCCGUAUUGAAGCCAAUGUCAAGAUUGGGUGGAAUCUCUUAUGGAAGAACCAUUCAAUCCUUUGAGUGCCUUAGACCUCAUUACGAAGAAGAAGAUGCUGCAAAGGCAAGAGAGGUCAGUAAGCAGAAGCACCAAGACUCUAGUGUCUAG